GUGUGGUCAAAAUGCCAGGCGGACCAUCGUCGUCACAACGCGGCAGACAGGCAGCCUCGGGCGCCUCCUCCUCAUCGUCCUCAAGUCAAGCAGCACGACACGGAAGCAGUGCAUCUCGCCGCAACGCGCGGCACAGCGACGACGAGAGCGACGAGGAAGAGGCCCCUCGCAGCCGCCAUCGAGGCGCGUCCCAGCGCGCUGCUGCUGCGUCCCAGCGCGAGCCGGAGGAAGCUGCCGACCACGACAACGAAGAGGAAGCUGAUGGGAAUGACAAGGCACGGCACGCUCUCAGCAAGGACGACCUGAGGCGCAAGGCAACAGACAUUGUCCGUUAUUGCGUCUUUGCGGCUCGGAAGCAGUAUCCCAUUGUUCGUGCAGACAUUAACAAGACGCUGCUUGCGGGCUGUGCAAAGGCCGACAGUGAUAAGGCGAUGGAGAUUGCCAAGCAGACGCUCCUUUACAUUUUCGGUUUCGAGCUUGUCGAUUUGGACGCCAGACUCAAGGCCAUGCCGCGGGCCGCACUCGCCGUCCAGCCAGCGGAUGAUGCCUCCACGGCCACGUCGCAGUCCAAGCCCUCCGCAACUCAAGCAUCGCAGUCUUCACAGGCACUCCCAGGAGCAACUGCUGCUGGCGAUCAAGCCAGAAAGCGUCAAGCGGCCGCCAAAAAGCUCUUCCUAUGGAAUUCCAUUCGUCAGGGACAGGACAUCAACCUCGUGAGCUGGGACACGGAACAACAAGCGAAGCGCGGACUGCUGAUGCUGGUCCUGUCGUUGAUCUACAUCCGAAACGAGCCAUACAAGGAAUCUGGCCUGUGGAUUUCCCUUAAAAACGUCGGAGUCAUCAAAGGAAAGAUUCAUCCCCAGCUGGGUGAUGUGGAGAAGGUCAUCCAAACCGAGUUUGUUCGCCAAAACUAUCUCCAGCGCGAAAAGUCGACGGUACCAAUAGAGCCUGGCGCUGAGCCAGAUUACUUUGUCUCCUGGGGAACCCGCGCGAUCGUCGAGUUUCCGCUCGAGAGCCUGAUUGAAUUUAUGGCCCCGGUUUUGAACAUGGAAGUUGCGGAAUUGCGGAAAGAUUGGAUUCACUCAAGCGAGUGAUGAGUCUUUUAUUGAUGUGCUUGGGUGUUGCGCGUUUACCAAUUGUCAGAACGCUGAAAUUCGUGGCUA